AUGGACGUCACCGCCGUCGCUCUCUGGUUUCUCGACGAGUGGUUCAUCCCGGAAAUUGUGAAUCUCACUCAAAUCGUUUUUCGAAACACACGACUCAAAUUUUGGGAUUAUCAACGCCAACCGGUCUCCUCGUCAUGGAUGUGUGCAGAGGAAGACUCUGCAGAACCUGGAACCUCUUCUUCGGGUGCACAGUUCUGGGGAUUCGGUGGUUCUGGAGGCAAGGGAGGAGGAAGAGAGGAUCGAAGAGGCGAUGAUGAUGAUGAUGAGCGAAUGGAAGAAGGUGGAGGAGGAGGAGAAGGAGGAGGAAACGCUCCAGAAAAUAAACCUGAAGAAAGAAAGCCAAUAGAUAGACAGGUACUUCUGGAGCGAGCACGACGAAUUGUGAUUCGAUUUUUCGAAGGGGAUGAAGUCGGCGCCCAUGACGAGUUGAUGAUAUGGCGUCGGGAGGUGGGAAGUGUCGUGGAUACGCUUCCGUAUGGAGAAAUUAUUAACCAAUUGAUUCGCGAGGGAGACACAGAUGCUUAUAGAGUUCGGAAAGUCCAGGAAAGAAUUCUCUUCCUCAUUUUGGAAAUGCGAGAUGAGAGACACGGAUUCGAUCUUGGUCCGAUUGCACAAGGAAGUCUGAGCAAUAUUCAGGAUGUUAUCGAUCAUGAAGUUCGAAGAGGAUCUCGAAUCAGACACCUUCUAAGUCGUCCAGAUCGAGAACGACAUGAUGUACCACAGCAGAAGCGAUGGGCUCCUCGUCCAAGAUUAUAA